GAGAAAGGGGAAAAUAAGAACCCUAAAAUCAAACAUGCAGUGCGCCAGUCCGUCACUGGGCGCCAUCGCCGAUCUCUCCUGGAUCGCGGGGCGGAGGAGGAAGCGGAGGAGCGUCCACAUUGUGGCGAUGGCGAUGGCGAUGGGUUCGGCUUCUUCUUCUUCUGCGGCUGCUGCUGCUGCCGAGGUAAAGCUAUGGGGUGGACGAUUCCAGCAGCGCACAACCAAUGCCGUGGAAUCCUUUAGCGAGUCCGUGUCCUACGAUAAGAAGCUCUACAAGGAAGAUCUCGCUGGGAGCUGUGCGCACGCUGUGAUGCUCGCCAAGCAAGGUCUAAUGUCGGAAGAGGAUCGAGAUGCGAUCUUAAAAGGGAUUGCUGAGAUCGAGGCUAGGAUCGAGAGUGGCAACUUCACUUGGAGAUCCGAUCGAGAGGACGUCCACAUGAAUGUGGAGGCUGCUCUCACGGAUUUGAUUGGAGAGCCGGCAAAGAAACUCCACACUGCCAGGAGCCGCAACGAUCAAGUUGCCACGGACGUAAGGCUUUGGUGCCGCAAUGCCAUUGAUAAUCUCGUGAAGAAGAUCAUAGCUCUCCAGAUUGCUCUUGUCCAGCUUGCUCUUGAUAACGAGGGAUUGGUGGUGCCAGGCUAUACGCACUUACAACGAGCUCAACCGAUUCUUCUACAGCACCUUUUGCUUGCUUACGUAGAACAAUUGGAGCGAGAUGCCGGCCGUCUCAAAGACUGUCGCUGCCGUAUCAACUUUUCGCCUCUGGGAUCCUGCGCUCUCGCUGGGACUGGCCUUCCAAUCGAUCGAUUUAUGACAGCUGAAGCUUUGGGAUUCACUGCUCCUCUUCGUAACAGUGUGGAUGCAGUAUCGGACCGGGAUUUUCUCAUUGAGUUCCUCGCCGCGAACUCUAUAAUCGCUGUCCAUCUCUCACGCAUCGGUGAGGAGUGGGUCCUUUGGGCCUCCGAAGAGUUUGGUUUCUUGAUACCGAGUGAUGCUGUCUCAACCGGAAGCAGCAUCAUGCCUCAAAAGAAAAAUCCAGAUCCUAUGGAGCUUGUCCGAGGCAAAUCUGCGAGAGUUAUUGGCGAUCUCAUGACCGUGCUGGUGCUUUGCAAGGGUCUUCCUCAAGCUUACAAUCGCGACCUCCAGGAGGACAAGGAACCAUUGUUCGAUAGCGUGGAGACGAUCGGCACAGUCUUGGAGGUGACAACGGAGUUUUCCCAGAACGUAACGUUCAACAGGAAGAGAAUCUCGGCGUCUCUUUCGGCUGGACACUUGGACGCCACAACCAUGGCCGACUACUUGGUGAACAAGGGGAUACCAUUUCGAACUUCGCAUGAUAUCGUCGGCAAGGCCGUAGCGCUGGCCAUCUCCAAAGAUGUGGAGCUCUCCAAGCUCACGCUGGAGGAGCUCCGGAGCAUCAAUCCGGUGUUUGAGGACGAUGUCUACGAAUACUUGGGCGUGGAGAACGCAGUGAAACGCUUCCAGUCCUAUGGAUCUACUGGAGCGAGCUGCGUGAAAGAACAACUCCAGUAUUGGUGCGAGAAGCUCAAGCUGGUAUGAAACUUUUCUUCGUUUUUUUGCGAUCGAGCCUCUGUUUUUUUUUCUUGGGAAUAAAGACCGCAAGAACACAAGUACCAUUUUAACGAC